UUUUUUAUUUUUCCCCUCCCCCUUACUCUAGGUAUAGCUUCCCCUGAAGAGUGACCCAUCCCACCAUGUCCCUCUCCAGGCGCACACUCGACGCCUUCUUGGGUCUCCUCUUCCCCUGGAACUUCUUACUAGUAUCGGCAACGUGUCUUCCCAAGACCAUACUCAGGCUCCUGCGCGAGCGCAAGUUCGCCGAACUGCUAUCCCCCUCCAGAUUAAAGGAAGCUUGGUUCAGCGAUUUCUGGGGGGGCAUCGCAGGGCCGAAUAUCAGGCGUGAUGCCGCCGUGCGUAUUAUCCCGCUGCUGCAGGGCCGAGCUACGAAAGGGGCUGUGGUCGACGAACAGGUUGCCCCUGGGCUCGCUGGCACGGUCAUCGAGGUCGGCGCCGGCUCUGGGCUCUGGGUCGAUAUGUACAGGGACAUCGCCCAAGUGCGCGCAGAACCUGACGGCGCGGCUAGGCGGCGGAAAGUCGGUAGUACCGCUGCUGUCGACGGGCCUAUCACGCGCGUAUACGGCAUAGAGCCGAACGUGAACCAGCACCCGGCGCUGCGACGGGCAAUCGCCAAGGCCGGGCUCGAAGACGUAUACCGGAUCGUGCCGGUAGGAAUCGAGGACCUAGACGACGCGACGAAAUGGGACGGAGUCGUGGAGAAGGGCAGCGUGGACUGCAUCGUGAGUAUCCUGUGCCUGUGCAGCAUCCCCGACCCAGAGAAGAAUAUCCGCGAGCUGUACCAGUACCUCAAGAAAGGAGGACGAUGGUACAUAUACGAGCACGUGCGGUGCGAGAACAGCUGGUACAUGAAGGCGUAUCAACGCUUGCUCAACGUGUUCUGGCCGCACUUCAUCGGCGGGUGUCUGCUCUGCCGACAGACGGAGCAGACGCUGCGGGAGGCAGGGUCCUGGGAGAAGAUCGACGUCGCUCAGCCCGUGACCGAGCCGUGGUAUCAAGUUGUCCCACAUAGAUUAGGCGUUUUUACGAAGUAAAUAUAUAUAUAUAUAUAUACUAUAGAAUAGGGAGAAAUGGGCUGGACUGGUCUCAAUUGGAACAACUACUCUCUUUAAACCAUGAUAUCCUAGAGCGGUGCUGGGUAAUAAUACGUAUAGGACCAUCCGCGUUUAGACUAGAACGAUAUGAUUUUAGAUAGAUACUCUCAUUGAAACUACAUUAUAGUAAAAAAGACCAUAGAUAUCUAAUUGCCUGUGAAGUCAAGGUUGAUACAUGUGCAAC